AUGACGGGAGCAGACUCUGCGGUGACGUUCCAGGACUGGGUUGAGGUUUCGUCUUCGGUUAUGGGAGAUUUAAGUGAGUCGAGCUCUAUCUGGUGGAAGGGCGUCGUGGACCUGGUUCAGUCUACUUAUGAGAGGUGGUUAGCGGCAUCGCCUUUGGAACGAAUAGGAAUUGAACCUCAAGGAAGUGAGCAAUGGACGUCAGGACGUUGGCUGCGAGUGAAUGCGAGGGCUUCGACAAUGCUUCUCGCGUCCAUGCCUGAAGAUCUUCGAGUGGACAUUGUGUCACGGAGACUUACACAGGACUGUGUGCGCAUGCUCUUCAGGACCUUCACCUUCUACCAGCCCGGGGGCAGUGCUGAGCGCCAAGAUGUGCUAAAGAGAUUGCAAAGCCCUGGGGAAUAUGCAGGAGGAGAGUCUCUGGAAGCAGCUUUGAAGGCAGUGAGGGCAUGGCCACGAUGGCUAAAGAGGUGUCGGGCAGUGAAAAUGGCACCCCCUGAUGCGUCAGUGCUGGCACGAGGACUUCUGAACCUGACGGACAAGCACAUAAAUCUGUCAGCUGACGCAGCGUUCAGGACUUCCGUGUUGCGGAUUACGUUGAGGUUGGAUUCGUGUCCAACUACAGAGCAAGUUCAGGCAUACCAGCGCCACCUGCAAGCAGAGCUGGAAGCGAUGAUGACGCCUAAGAGCUCUACGGUGGAACCGGUCUUGCAACCGAAGGCGAGGGAUGCAAGUGUGAAGACCUCUGGAAGCGAGUUUUGCAAGUACUUUGCGAAGGCAGGAGGUUGCCGUCGUGGGGAAAAGUGCAGCUACAGCCACAGCAUGGCAGAAAGACUGCCCAGUGGGACAGCCAAGUCCCAAGACUACGGGAGGAGCUCCGAGGAGUUCUGGAUCUACUACGUCACCAGUGAGCACUAUGGCAACUGUGGCUACCACAAGCAGGUCGUGCAGGCGCAGAAUGUGGAGCCGAGUGGGGAUUCGUCACCAGAGAAGACGCGACCGACCAUGAAGGUUCUGAGGUUGAAGGACCUUCGAGUGUGUUCGAUGAGGGGAACUACAACAGCCCUGGUGGACUCCGGGGCAACGCAUAGUUUGAGGACGGCCAAGUCCCCAGAGGAGUGGAUGGAGGCCGAGGAGGUGUCAGUCCAGUUGGCGGGCAGUCACCAGCUAACUAUGAGGCUGUCGCGUACCGGUACAUUGUUGAUGCCGUACAAGAAAAAGGUGAUCAAGACCGAGGAGGACGGGGAUGUGAAGGCACAGACAAUGGGCCAGCUUAUUCAAUCGCUUGGCUACAGUGGCUACAGCAUGACGUGGACACCAGAGGUGUGCUAUUUGACGGCCCCAGAUGGUGCACGGUUGUCAAUGAGGACGGAGUCGGGUUGUCCAGAGAUCUCCGAGCUAGAAGCUCUCACGUUGAUUGCUAGGCUAGAGGACCGCAAGUUGGACCUUCUGAACAAUGAGGUGUUGGCUACGUCAGACAAGUUGAACGUUUCGGCCUUAGCAAUGGAGCGUCGCUGGAACCACUACCUCUACGACCAUGUGGCUAAGGGGAACUUUGAAUCAGGCCUACGUGUGGUGCGAGAUGCGCCGUUCUUCGCUGACCUUCCUGGAGAAUGCCUCUCGGAGUUGAUCCCUUCGGCGGGAUUGUGGUCUGGAUGGAACAUUAUGAAGCAAGUGGGGUUCUUGUCCAGGCCCCAACGAAGGAAGUUGUGGUCAUCUAAGCGCUGGGUUGUGCGUGUGUUUGCGGGCACAACGGGGCACUGGGAGUUCUUCAAGCUUGACCAGAACGACACCAGUGUCAUUGAGCUAGAUGUCAAUCGCUGCGCUGGUCACAACUUGAUGAGAAGCGAAGUUUGGAGGAUGUUGCUUUGGGGAGCCAGAGAAGGAAAAGUUGAUGUAGUGAUGGGAGCUCCUCCAGGCCGCUCCUGUGAAUACUCUGGCAAAGGGCAGCGCGACUUGAAGGAUGUGAAGCUCGUGGCUAGAAUGAUGUGGCUCUACGUGGUCGCUCAGGUGGGGCGGGAGCUCAAUGGGUCAGGCUCUACAAAAGAUCGGGACGUGGGCUUUGUGCUAGAGUACCCGGAGGGCAUCACCCAAGAGGAGCGAGAAACCCGGCGGCAACGCGUGGAAGCAGCGGACCGAGAGUACCGAACCUUAGAUGAGCGUGGGGGCCCAGCUUCAUGGUCCCAAACAGCGUCCUACUGGGAAAGUGUGCAGCGACCACGAUGGGAGGAGUUUGCGGGUGUCCACACGCUUGAUGCGAAGGCCAGCUUCUGGGAUACAAGGUUGUGGAAAAGCUUUCAGCGUGAAGGAGAGCUUCGCACGGUGUCCUUCGAUCAAGGGGCAAUGGGCGGAGCUACGAGGAACCGGACUACGUUGGGAACGAACUUGAAUAACCUGAUGUCGUUGGAUGGAGUUCGAGUACCAGAAGGACUAGAUUCUACAUCUAAGGGGGCGAUGGGAAAGAACCUCAAGUACCUGUUGGUUGCGAAGUAUUUGGAGAGCCUGAGCAUAGUGAUAAGGUUGAGGGAGUUCUUUGCCGAGUCAAAAGGUCAGGAGGAGGUCCCAGCAGCUACCGUACAGUUUGUUCCAGAAGGUUUACCUGAAGAAGACCAGCUAGACUAUGAGCUCUCUGAACCAGGAGGUCCGGAGGAUGAGGGCCGCGAACAAGAUGGUGAUGAUCACGAAGAACCCGGAGGGCAGGACGCAGUGAUGAUGGGUGGUGAAUGUCAUCCUCCAGAAAUGACCUUCCUGACGUUUGCAGUUGCCCUACCACACAACCAGUCUAGCUCUGUGAAAAGGGCACUACAGGAUAUCGUGCUGUACUUGCAGAUGCAUGGGUUUCCAGUGUAUCGUUUUCACGGGGACAAGGGCGAGUUCUUCAAUCACCAGUUCAGAUCGUGGUUGCGUGACCAGGGUGUGUUUGGAACAUGGUCGGAACCAAGUGUGCCACAGAGCAAUGGACAUGCGGAAAGCACAGUGCGAUGGAUAAAGGACAGAACGCGCACGUUUCUGAGAGCAGCGUCGUUGCAAGUGAGGCUUUGGCCAGUUGCGGCAGCUAUGGUCGCAGCAGAGCAGCGGGGCAAAGUGCUAGGGUGGCAACCACGCCUAGCGGCGCCUUUUGGUGCGCCAGUUUACAUCCGGAAGAAGGCCUUUGACAAGGCGGGACCUCUCCGGAGAGAGCGUGGGCUUGAAAGCAAGUGGAUGGUGGGAAAGUACAUGGGGCUUAGCACCAUCGUCCAUAACGGCCACCUUGUCUACGUGGAGGCCCAAGAAGGCGAGCGGGAGAAGUUCUUACAUACGUUGCAUGUGAAGGCAGCUCUAACAGAGCCUGGUGGUCCAGUCGACAACUACCGGGUGGAUGAUCCGCCAAAGCCCCGAAGGAGAGUUGUAGAGAAAAACCGGCCCAGUGGUGUUGAAAUGAGGGCCUUGGCAAAAGACCCGGAGGAGCUCUACAAGAUGAUAAAAAGGAGGUUAUCAGAUCUCCUGAACAAUUGGUGCACUUCGGCAGCUUUGGAAUUAAUUGAGCGUUUGGCCGAAGAGGGGUUCUUUGAGGCAAGGAAGUUCGGUGUUUAUCGACAUGGAGGCAUUGUGGGAUGGUUGGACGGUGUGAAGGAAUUCCCAGAGUUGACCCAGGUGAUGACUAAGUUGGUUGUCGAACUGGAGCCAGAGGCAGUGUUCACGUCGGCGAUGGUUUCCUAUAAUGCCCAACGGGAGAUGCACAAGGACUUCAACAACGAUUACCAGACCCAGAACUAUGUGAUCCCAGUUGUAUGCCCUGAUCGUGGAGGGGAACUAUGGGUAGAGCUGAAGUCUGGUGAUGUGCUUCAAGGGGUGAUCGCGGAACGGGAGGUGUCGACCAAGAAGAUGUAUGGUCAGCUGAUGCCGCUAGAAUCCGGUCGCUGCUUGAAGUUUGGCCCACAGCGACACCAUGAAGUGGCACAGUGGGAAGGAGUUCGAACUGUCCUGAUUGCCUACACGCCGGAUUGCCUAGGAAAGCUGUCACAAGAAGACCUAGAGGUGCUACAUGAUCGGCUUUUGGAUAUUGGGACUGGUGGCAUGCUGGCUUUCAGCGGUGGUUACCUUACUUUUUUUGCAAAGAAGGACUCGUGGGUUGGGAAAGAAGCUCCUGGGCACCAGCCUGCGAGUUGCGAUCAGUCCUUUUGCAAAGAAGGACUCGUGGGCACCGGUCUGCGAGUUUCGACAAGCACGUGGACACAGAGAUGGCCGGCUACAGGGCUGGACGAGUGCUGCCGGUUCUUGGCCGCCCUGACUGAGCCUUGUGUUGGGGAAGGGCUGCGACGGUUGAGGGAGGCAUCAAUGUUGUGGUGUAACUUCCGGGACGAGACUAUGAGGUCCUUGCCAGCUCCGCGUGGUUUGAGGUGGCAGCAAGGUCGAGCUAUCACAUCGUGGUGGACCAUGAGAGAUAGUUGCGGGAAGGUGUGCGCGGUGAUAGUCGUGUACGUGGACGAUUACCUUAUAUGUGGACCGAGGGACAUUGUCAUGGAAAUCAGUGGCAUUAUCCAACAUCUACGUCGUGAGUCAGAGACCUCGGAGGAGAUUUAUGUGCUACAGCAGGGCUACAUUCAGGAACUACUUCGCUUUCACGAAGUUAAGAGCACCCAGCGCGACAAGGUGCCAAUCACCAAGGACCUGGCUACUGUACCAGAUAAAGAAGAAGACCAUGAUGAUGAGAUGGUUCGCAGAGCUCAGCAGAUCACUGGUGAGGUAGUAUGGGUGGCUCAGAGGACACGUCCGGAUGCAUCUUACGCGACAUCCAUGAUGGCGUCUAUGUGCUCUAAAUUUCCAGGACAGGUGUUGCAGAUUGGCCUCAAGACACUUGGUUACUUGCAACGCACCAUGGACUAUGCGCUGGUGAUCAAGUGGGAGGAGAAGGGCUUAGUCAUGUACUGCGAUGCAGCCUACGCACCACAGGGACUACCAUCUCAUGGUGGAUGGGAGCGGGAAGCAGAGUAUGAUCACGCUCUCUACGGCAGAAGCAGAGCUGUUGGCGAUGCUCGAUGGCCCGUGGCGAUGAAGGGUGUGGAGGCGAUCCUUUCAGAUGCCGGUGAGCAGGUGACGUUUCGCCAGAUUGCAUCGGACAGUACGUCGGCUUUGAGUAUUUCAGGUGGAACAAGUUCGUGGAGGACCAGACACCUACGAAUAGAAGCGGCGUGGUUGCAGGAACAACGAGCACAUGGACAGCUGGAAACCGUUCACUGCCCUGAAGAACGUCAACCAGCCGAUCUACUAACAAAAGCACUUUCAUCAGCGAGAACAGAUGACCUUCUACGUUGGUGGAAAGUGAAGGAGUAUGGGGCAAAGGUUGUGUAUUCGUUGACGGUGCCUACGGUGUCCACAAGAUUGCUGGUUGCUAUGGUUUGCUGCGUACUGGUGGUGUCAGUUCAGGCCGCGGAAGAAGAAGAUCGACCCCGUGCAAGAAGAGGACAAGGCCUACAGGUCGAUUGGGACCUGGCGGGAGCUAUGAUGUUCCUACUUAUGCUACUGGGUGGACUCAUGGUUUGGGAGGCGGUGCGCUGGUGCUGCCUGGAGUUCUAUCGAGAAAGUUGA